CCAACCAUGGGUGACAUUCAAUUGGAUGCAAAGACCUUUCAUAGGAGGGCGAAGCACCUUUUCGCGACCUGGAAAGCUUCGGGAGGCGACGACGAUGCUUUCGCUGGAGCGAAUUCCCUUCUAGUUGUGUUGGGAUCGUCUAACGAGGAGAACCCAUACCAAAAGUCCUCUUCAUUACACACAUGGAUGUUGGGAUAUGAAUUCCCGGCAAUGCUCAUGCUUUUCUCCAAGGAGGACGAGAAAAUCACCUUCCUCACCUCGGCCAGCAAGGCCAAGCUCCUCGAUGGCCUCGAGAAGGCGAAUGACAAAGUCAACAUGGAGGUUCUGAGAAGAACAAAAGACGAUGCCCAUAACGAAGGUCUCUUCAAGCAGAUCGUCGAACAAAUCCCCAAGAUCGGCAAGAAGGUCGGAAUCUUCGCCAAGGACACCUUGCAGGGCAAGUUCGUCACGGAGUGGCAGAAGGUGUACAACCCCAAGGACCUCGACGUCGAGGAGGUUGACGUGUCCGCUGGUAUGGCAAGUGUCGUGGCUGUCAAGGAUGAGCAGGAAUUGAAAGCUAUCCGUGCAGCGUCUAAGAGCAGUGUGGUGGUCAUGACGAAGUACUUUGUCGAUGAGAUGUCUACUAUCAUCGAUGAGGAGCGUAAGGUGUCCCACAUGAAGCUUGCCGAGCAAGUGGAGCGGGUGAUUGAGAACGAGAAGUUCGUGAAGGGUAAACUUGCUAAUGUUGCUUCGGACUUUGACGGCGAUCAGCUCGAGUGGUGUUACACCCCUAUCAUUCAGUCCGGUGGGAACUACAGCUUGAAGCCUUCCGCGCAGUCUGACGAGAAGAACCUCCAUGGUGGUGUCAUCGUGGCUUCUCUCGGUCUCCGUUACAAGUCUUACUGCUCCAACGUCGGCCGAACAUACCUCAUCGACCCUAAUGAUAAGCAGGAGAAAUACUACGCUUUCUUGUUGAACUUGCAGAAGAAGAUCCUGGAGAGCAUCAAGCAAGGCGCUGUCAUCAAGGACGUCUACAACAAGGCUUUGGGAUUGAUCAAGUCCAAGGCUCCUGAGCUCGAGCCUCACUUUCCCAAGAACAUCGGUUGUGGUAUUGGUAUCGAAUUCCGUGAUACUUCUCUUUUGCUCAACGGCAAGAACAACCGUACUCUGAAGGAUGGAAUGACCCUCAACCUCAGCAUCGGUUUCGAGAACUUGGAGAACAAGGCCUCGAAGGAUCCUAAGGGUAAGGUGUACAGCUUGUUGCUUAUCGACACUGUUCGCGUCACUACUGAGGCGCCCGUCGUCCUUACCGACUCUCCCAAGAGUCAGAGCGACGUUUCCUUCUACUUCAAGGACGAAGGUUCUGAGGAGGAGGUCAAGCCUGAGGUUGAGAAGCCUCGUCGUGCCGCUGCCGCUGCGAUCAUGUCCACCAAGACUCGUGGAGAGAACCGUGUUGUCGACGACAACUCUGAGGUCAAGCGCAAGUCUCACCAGAAGGAGCUGCAGGAGAAGAAGCAGCAGGAGGGUAUUGAGCGUUUCGCUGAGGGUAAGGAGCAGGGCAAUGGGCAACAGAAGGCCGUGGCGAAGAAGUUCGACUCGUACAAGGGCGACAGGCAGAUGCCUCCUUCCGUCAAGAAGCUUCAAAUCGUUGUGGACCGCAGGAACCACUCUAUCAUUUUGCCCAUCUACGGUCGUCCUGUGCCCUUCCAUAUUAACACGUUGAAGAAUGUCUCUAAGAACGAUGAGGGUGAUUUCGUGUACUUGCGUCUCAACUUUGUCAGUCCUGGACAGGGUGUUGGAAAGAAGGAUGACGGUACCCCUUUCGACGACCCUAAUGCUCAAUUCGUUCGUUCCAUGACUUUCCGUAGUAAGGAUACUACGCACAUGGCCGAGAUCUUCAAGGAUAUCCAGGACAUGAAGAAGGAAAUCACCAAGAAGGAAGCCGAACGAAAGGAGAUGGCCGACGUCGUCGAGCAAGCCUCCCUCAUCGAAGUCCGCAACCGCCGUCCCCUCCGUCUCGGAGACGUAUUUGUCCGCCCAGGAUUAGAGGGCAAACGCGUCCCCGGCGAAAUCGAAAUCCACCAAAACGGUAUCCGAUACCAAUCCCCCCUCCGCUCCGACCACCGCAUCGACAUCCUCUUCACCAACAUCAAACACCUCUUCUUCCAACCCUGCGACAACGAACUCAUCGUCAUCAUCCACGUCCAUCUCAAGAACCCCAUCAUCAUCGGGAAAAAGAAGCAGAAGGACGUUCAGUUUUAUCGGGAAGCGUCUGAUGUGCAGUUUGAUGAGACGGGGAAUCGGAAGAGGAAGUAUAGGUAUGGGGAUGAGGAUGAGCUCGAGGCGGAGCAGGAGGAGAGGAGGAGGAGGGCGCAGUUGAAUAAGGAGUUUAGGGGUUUUGCGGAGAAGAUUGCCGAGUCAAGUGAUGGGAGAGUUGAUGUUGAUAUUCCGUUCCGUGAACUUGGGUUCCAGGGUGUGCCAUCCCGGUCUGCGGUCCUCUUGCAGCCCACGACGGAAUGUUUGGUUCACCUCAGUGAUCCCCCAUUCUUGGUUGUUACGUUGGAGGAUAUUGAGAUUGCGCAUUUGGAGCGUGUCCAGUUUGGGCUGAAAAACUUCGACAUGGUCCUCGUCUUCAAAGACUUCCACCGCGCCCCGGUCCACAUCAACACCAUCCCCGUCUCCCAACUCGACAACGUCAAAGAAUGGCUCGAUUCCGUCGAUAUCGCGUUUUCCGAAGGUCCACUCAACCUCAACUGGUCCACAAUCAUGAAAACCGUCAACGACGAUCCUAAACAAUUCUUCGAGGAUGGAGGAUGGUCGUUCCUCCAGCUCGAGUCGGAUGCGGAGCAAUCUGAUGACGAAGAUGCGGAAAGUGAGUUUGAGGGUAGUGAAGGGGAGGAGGAGGAGGAUGAGAGUGAGGUGGAGAGUGAUUAUGAUGAGGAUGCGAGUGAGGAUGAGGGGAGUGAGAUGAGUGAGGAUGAGGAGAGUGGGGAGGAUUGGGAUGAGUUGGAGAGGAAGGCGAAGAGGGAUGAUGAUGAGAAGAGGAGGGGUGGGAGGGAGGAUGAAGAUGAGAGGCCGGUGAAGCGGAGGAAGUAGGUUCAAAAGUAGGUGUGGUAUGAUUAGAUUUUGAAUGAAUUGGGU